CAAUUUUCCCCGUGAAUACGGGUGCUGGAUAGCCACGGAACGCACCCACUAUGCUAAUGCUAGUGGCUACACGCCUUAACUGAGUUUCUCGCUCACUGCUCGUUGUAAACCAUUCGGUCAUUAGAAUAUUAGAUUUUUACGUCUUGCAGAAACAUAAUAGAAAUGUACGAUUUUUUGUGAACAAGUUAUGGGAAUUUAUUGUUGAAACAAAUAUAAGAAAAUAAAGGUAGUUUCAGUGAACACAGUUGCAAUUGAACAAUUAAACGAUUUGUAAGUCGUAUUUACAAUGCAUACUCCAAAUAGUAAGAAUAUUCAAGCAAUCAGCAAGAUAUUAAAUAAUGAAUCCAGACCGCUAAAAGAGAGGUUUCGAGCUCUAUUCACUUUAAAAAAUAUCGGAGGUGAGGAAGCAAUAGAAUCUAUUACACAAUGCUUCAGUGAUCCGUCAGUAUUACUAAAACAUGAACUUGCUUAUUGCCUGGGGCAAAUGCAGGAUCCUAGAGCAAUUCCCAUGCUCGUUAAUAUAUUGAAAGAUAAAAAUCAAGAUCCAAUGGUUCGCCACGAAGCUGGUGAAGCUUUAGGUGCUAUAGGCAGUGAAAAAGUUAUUCCAGUACUCGAAGAAUAUAGCACAGAUGCAGUAAUUGAAGUCGCGGAAACCUGCCAGCUUGCCUUAUCCAGAAUAAAUUGGAUAAAAAAUUCCAAAAACUUAUUACAUAAAUUCUCAGAAAAUCCAUAUGUUUCUGUGGAUCCUGCCCCUCCAUCUGAAAUAGAAAAUGUCAAUGAUUUGAAAACAAUACUUCUGGACGAAAAAGCAUCCCUCUUUGACAGAUAUCGUGCAAUGUUUGCCUUGAGAAAUUCACGCACCCCUGAAUGUGUUUUAGCUCUUUCGGAAGGACUUAAAGCAGGGGGUGCUCUUUUUAGACACGAAGUAGCCUUCGUGCUAGGCCAACUUCAAGACGAAAUUUCUCUCCCUUUUCUCCGUGCAUCACUUGAAGAUCCUGAAGAAAGUGAAAUGGUGAGGCAUGAAUGUGCUGAAGCAUUGGGUGCGAUUGCUCAUCCAGACUGCCAAACAAUCUUGAAUGAGUAUGUGAAUGACAAAGAGCAAGUUGUUCGGGAAAGUUGUGCUAUUGCACUCGACAUGUGUGAGUACGAGAACAGCCUGGAGUUUCAAUACGCUGAUACAUUGAACGCUUAAUGAUAUACGAUAAUAAUUUUCUUCUUUUACGAUUCUACUUUUCAUGGUCAAACAUAUUCAUUUGAUAAUAUUUGAAAUGCAUCUUUAUCUUUUUUUUUUUCGGAAACACUUGUUUUUGUCAUAAUAAUAAGUGUAAUAAAAACUAAACAAAAAUCUUUAAAUAUUU